CUGCUGGUGGUGGUGGGGGCCGCGCGGCCGCAGCACACUUGAGCAGCCGGGUGGGGAGGGGAGCGACGCUUUCCGGCCGCCAGCCCCCGGAGCACAGCGAGCACGCAACGCAGGAGGGGGUUGUGGCGGUGCCGCGAGCCGAGCCAAGCCGAGUUGAGGCGAGGCGCGGACGAUACGGGAGGAGAGAGCCACUCGGGAGCCACAGACUGCCCCGCCGCCGCCACAAACAGGAAUGUUGCCACAUCCGGACAGCGGACACAUUUUGAGCUGUGGCACAGCAGCCCAGACCAAGGCUUGCCCUCCACUGUACGUUGCUGACAACAGGCUCCGCCUCCUCCACGUAGCUCCUCCUCCUCCUCCACUCAGGACCGGGAGGCUCGCAGGGCGAUGAUUCCGCAUGAAGCGCCACGCACUCGGCCCCCCGUCGCCUCGGACGGCAGCAGCAGGUGCCAGCGCGUGACGUGCUCCGACUUAGCCUAGAGUCCCCCACAGAAGCCCAACCGCGUACCUUGACCCCCCCCCCCCCCUUUUUCCGGUCGCCCUCAUAGUUUGUGUGGAAAGUGAGAAGGAACGCAAGAUUAGAUAAGGCAGACCACUGGAGCAGGAUCAGGAUGAAGUCCAAUCAUGAAAGGAGUAACGAAUGUCUGCCCCCAAAGAAGAGGGAGAUCCCACCCAGCACGCAUGGUCCACAAACCCGCUCCCUAGUCGCUCCACCCGCCGCCAAGCCCCCGGAGAACGCGACCUGGCCGGCUGCCAGCAGCACCGCCCAGUCGGACGCCCCUCGCUAUCAAUCCCCCCCCUCCACCUCCAGCUCGACGAGGCUUUCCGCCGUCUGCACGUCGCCCCUGCCCCAGACAGGAGGGGGGACGCUCCACUACACCCAACUGCCGGCCAAUCUUCAGUUCAUCACCUCGCCUUACAACGCAGCGUACGCCAGCUACGUGGCCCCUCAGCUCCUUCCGCCGCCCUCGUCCUAUUGUCAGAGGUUGUUGUCACUCCCCGAGACGCAUGAGCGAGCAUCCGUCCGGUACGCCGCCGCCAUGCCUCCGCCUCCCACGCUUUACGCGGAUGUAGCGGGCGCCGGUAAAGAGGACUCCAGAGAGCUUCACAACGGGGGGCUGGAGCGGAGCCGCGGGGUCAAAUUCCACGACGCCUACGAGGCCCGCCGAGCAGUUCCCCUGCCGGACUCAAUUCACGAGCCUUCGAGAACGUCCGUCGUGCUGGAGGAUCGCCAGCUGUCAUUAUCCCGAGGCGACCCUGGGAAGCCACUCAAGCUUACGCCUGUGUCCUCCAACCACACAUUUCCACCUCCCUCAGGUAGAGACAAUCUGAAAGCUUGCGUCAGCCCGCUGUCACCGCAGACGCUGGUCCAGACCGCUCGCGACUCUCCAGCCGAACCGCCGUGUGCGGGGCUCACCCCCGGCGGGAUCUACCCGCAGUCCCCCGUGAUUGGUUACAUCGCCGGGGCGGGCAGCAGCCAGCACGCGGCCGUCAGCUACCACGGCAGCUUACAGCAGCACGUGCUCCUUGCAGGAGCCCGGCCGGUCAUCAUCCCGCUUGACGGAAGCGCGCUGUCCUCCGCCCGGGCCUCCGGAGGUGACCACCCUGCCGGCUCGUACCACCAGGGCAGCUCAAGCGGGCCGAUCCGGGCCCAGCUCCACCUCCCCACGGUUCCGUCGGCGGUGGCGGCUCCUCCAUCUCUACCGCCGUAUUUCGUGAAGGGAUCCAUCAUCCAGUUAGCGGACGGCGAACUGAAGCGCGUGGAGGAGCUGAAGACGGAGGACUUCAUCCAGAGCGCCGAGAUCAGCAGCGAGCUGAAGAUCGACUCGUCCACGGUGGAGCGCAUCGACGGGAGCCGCGCCUCGCCUGACUUUGCCAUCGUGCACUUCUCCGUGGGCGAGCGACGCUCCCAGGUGAGCGUGGAGGUGUUGGCCGAGUAUCCCUUCUUCGUCUUCGGCCAAGGGUGGUCGUCGUGCUGCCCAGACCGAACCAGCCGACUCCUGGAGCUACCUUGCACCAAGCUUGCGGUGGGCGAUGUUUGUAUUUCGCUCACCCUCAAGAACCUGAGCAACGGAUCCCUGAGCAAGACUCAGCCACCGGAGCCGGUCGCCCCUCGCUCAGCUCACGGGUUCCUCCUGGAAGCCCCCAAAGCGCUAUCCCGGGUCUCUGUGCACAGGGAGCGGGAGAAUGGUGCCAUUGCUGUGCAAAACGGCGAUAUGGACUUGGUGGCAAGGCCCAGCACCGGUGGCAGGAAGCGCCGAUGGUCGGCCCCCGAGGCUCGCAAAGUGGAAAAAGCCGAGGAUCCGCCCUCGGCCAAAUUGACUUUUAUCCCUCAUGAGGUCAAAGUCACCAUCGAGGGAAGAUCCAAUCUUGGCAAGUGACGAUUCGCAAAAGCGCGAAUGCCCACCUUAACCGUCGGACAGUCGAGAUCCAGCCUCGCUUUCUUUGCCAUCACCUGGUCCGACACAAACCGGCUUUGCAGUUUUUGCGCCAGCUGGCGUGGCGCACGUCCCGUCCGCUGUCCGCACGUCAACGUGACACGGCGGCCUUGAAAGAGGGAACGCCACUUUUUUUUAUCCUUCUCACCCGCUUCAAACGAUCAUUGGGCAAAUCAGGGGCUCAAAGUUGCUUUGAUCAAAACGAUAUCAGACUUUGAAAACACACUGCGGUGAGUCAACCAACGUUUGGCUUUGCCGAUUUCGAUUUUUCUAACAAGAUUGAACGAGGGGCUUUAAUUUAGUUCUUUUGAAUGCAGUACUGUAAGUUUGCCAGAGGGGGAGUAACAAGUAGCAGCAGCAGCACUUUGUUUGGGGUCCCGUGGAUGUGCCUCGAAUGAAAUGGCGAGGAGUGAAUGAACUUUUGUUUCGGUGAACCCCCCCAUGUCCAGUGUUUCCACUUUGGAGUCUUGAAAGAGAAUCUUGCAGUUUGCACAUGACGAGGAAAAGAAGGAAUCAGUCGGCUGUUUUAUUUUUGUCUUUGUUGGCUUUUUGGGGGCGGAGCCUGUUGUCUUGGAUGAGACGGAAACACUGGAACGGCCCUCAUGUUUGAAUCUUCUGGCGUCGAGUUAGCGAGCUGGCGAGAUGAAAAUGAUGAUGAUGAAGACGAUAUUGUGCUCGGUGGAGGUGGCAUGUAUUUGUAGGAGAUUCUGAUGAUGCUUUAUUUUUAUAAUGAUACAAAAACAGGGUUCCACUUUGUUUUCAAGUCAUCUGGAUGCCUUGUGUGGAUUGAAAGUGUCCAACUUCAUUAUUUUAUAUUUUUUUCCUCAACCUCCCCACUGGAACAUGAAACCCAACCUGUCAGCCUCUUGAAACCUCCGACAUUUUCUCUAAUUCAGGUUUACACACACGCACACUUACACACACACGCACACACACACAAUGUAACUAAGCCAAAGCCAAGUCAUUGCGUUGCUAUGGUUACCUAAGAAAGCAAUAUCAUGCACUUUGCUUGCAUAUGAGUGGAUGUUAUGCACACACACACACGGAAUCAUUCCACUGGAGUAGUUGGCAAUAAACAUUUCAUUGGCGAUCCUCCAGCAACGCCCCCCCCCCAAAAAAAUCCCAAAUCACUUUCGGGAGUACCUGAACGCUCGUCCUCGUUUCCAAUCUAUGCAGUAAAUCAAGUCGGGGUUGCUUGUUGUUUCCCACCUCAACCUAAUUCUAUUCUUUUGAAUUCCCAAAGGCAAGUUAACUGUUUGCGUUCGAGCAGGAGGCAACUUUGGUUUUCACCCCCCUCCCUCCCUCGUAUAAUUUUUAUCGUGAUGUGCAAUAUGAGAUUAACUAAUGUUUUCUCUUUCCCGUCGCGUGUGCCAAGUUGAUGUAGCAUCGCGCUAACCGGGAGUUUGCUUGUACCAGAUUGGCCCCUCCCAUAUUACGUGAAUGCGAAUACCUGAAGACAACCCUCAUUGCCACAGUGGGGACCACAUUUUUAUAUGAUAUAUAUAUAUAUAUUUAAAAAAAAGAACAUAAAUUCAUAAAAAUGAUGCACAUGAAGACUUGAUGCUUUGCAGCACUUUGGAAUCCGAGCUAGCUAGAAGCUAGCUUUGACCGCUAACUUCUGUCCAAAGAAUGACAAAUGUCGGCAACGUUGGACGAGUGAGGAUGAACCUAAAGAAAAUGACGGAAUGUAAAUGUCGUUUUGGGGGUUUAAAAGUAAAAGUUGUUGAUUUCGGAUUGAUAAGGGGGUGGGGCUUAAGAGGGGGGAAGUAGAAGUAUAAAGUUGGAAGAUUUGGUUUUUUUUCUCUGAUUCCCUUUGCUUGUAGCAUGGGACAUUUCCGACAGACGGCUUUUUUGUAGAUUCGUCGUGUCAUCAGACAGGAAAUGACCAGAAUGUUAACCUUAAUCUUUUUUUUUUUUUUUUUUUUUUUACGACAAGCGUCCUCAACACGGAGGAUCACUUUUUCUUGCACAAUAUGAUUUAAAAAAAACCCGAAGAGUUUGAGCUCUUUUGGGUGACGAUUUCAAGGAAAAAAACAGUCUGGGCACUUUUUUGUUUGAAUAUUGAAUCAGGAUUUGUAUAAUUUAGUUUUGGGUAACCAACUCAGGCAGAAAAGGAAACUUUGAAAGUUUGAAUGGAUUUUCAAGGUGACGUUUAACACGAUUAACAACGAUGGCGAUGAAGUCGCCAAGGCCCGCUUCACCGUCUUUGCAAGCCGAAGAACUGGACUUGACGCUGGCUUGCAAAGGACAACGAGGCCCGCGGGGGACCGUGAUGUACUCCGUCACCCGUCCCCACCCCAACCCCCCCUCCUGUUCUUGGCUGUACGGUUUUGACGCCUGUGUAUACAAAUGCACCUCUUUGGAAAAAAACAAAAUCUUUACAUAUCUUGAAUAAACAGGCACUUUGUGUU